AUGCACAACUUCCUUCACAGGCAUUUGAGUUUACAGUCGUUUUUUUUAACGCAGAAAACAUACGUUCAGCAGUCGAUUUUAUCAGCUUUUCAAGCGCAAAAUGCUUCGUUUGCGUUUUUCAUCAUGAAAAAUGCAUGCAAAGCGUUUUCAGGGUACUCAGAUGGACAAAACACUUAACACAGGAUGUUCCAACCAAGCUUGUCACACCUUGUAAUGACCAAUUCACACCUCAGACCUCUCCCACCCUUGGAAACAAAAGAUAUGUUAAUGACCGUUCACACCUCAAAUUACUCUUGA